CACCAACACCAUCACCAUCGCCCUUGCCAUCACGCGCAUCUUGAGCAGCCUCACGUGAGAGGCGUUGAUCCGCCCUCGCACCUCCACAAGCACCUCUCCCUCUUCUCCUUGAACCAUCCGUAAUCACAUCCAUUUCACCCGUACUCCGCAAUACGAUCUACAACCUUGGGGUACCAGCUGCAGCGAGACUCUUUGACCCGACUCCCGAGCCUCGCUUCGCAUCUCGUCCAUGAGACGACCACAGACCCUCGGUGUUCCCUCUCGCCGCUCACGCUCAGCCAACACUUCAUCGGCCGGGGAGGAAGAGGACGAAUCUUCGUCCGUUCACGAUAUACCUCUUCAGAGAUUGUCCAAUCGACCACACUCUCCAUUCCUCGACGUGAUGCAUCUCUCCAAUUCCGACUCCGAAUCUCACCCUUACGAGCAUCAAGCUUCCAGCUCUACCUCUCGCUCGGCUGACGCAGCUUCGGUCUCGCCUGCUUCGGCAGUGAGGAGUAUGAGGGCGAGACAGACGAGAAAUCGAUUGAUGCUUCAAGGAGCUGCUGGUAGGUAUAGACGUGCAGGAGUGGGAGGGCAAGGCCUGGCCAGCGAUGAAGAAGAGGAGGAAGAGGCGGCAUCAGAAAGGAGAGGAUUGCUGGCGCAGAGUCUGCAGCUGGACGAUGCUGGACCUGAGAGGGGUCGAGAUGGACUGAGCGGGGGUGGAGAGUAUGUCGACGAAUCUACGAGCGGCAUUCGGGCAAGCUUGGAAGCGACGAGGAAGAAGGCGAACAAGAUCAAAGAUGAUCACGCUGGCUUUUGGGCGCGAUUGUCGGGCAGAAGCAAAGCUGCUGAUGAGGGCAGGACAUUCGUCUUUGGCGGUGACAAACACGGCAAAUACCCGCCAAAUGUGGUUCGCAAUCAAAAGUACAACCUCAUCACAUUCCUGCCAUUGGUGCUGUACGAGCAGUUCAAAUUCUUUUUCAAUCUGUACUUUUUGCUCGUCGCGCUCAGCCAAUUCGUCCCAGCGCUCAAGAUCGGUUUCAUCGCCACUUAUAUCGGUCCUUUGGCUUUCGUGCUGCUCAUCACUAUUGGCAAAGAGGGAUUCGACGACUAUGCGCGAUUCAAGAGGGACGUGGAGAGCAAUGGGACGCCGAUCGAUGUGCUGUACGCGCCCGACUCUCCUGUAGCGCUUGCGCACCUCCGAUCAAAGAAGCAGCGCAAGAGGGAUCUAGAGACUAACGAGGAAGGAUACAUUGUGGUACCCACUCCUUCAUCCAAACUGAAAGUGGGGGACUUGGUGCUGCUGCACAAGAGCCAGCGCGUACCUGCGGACCUCGUUCUUCUGCGCACCACCGCUGGCGAUCAUCUACCGCCACGUCUGGACUCCACACGAGGCGCACCUCAAGAAGCUCAACAUUUCGUCCUAGAUGAUUCAGACGACGAAGAGGCUGUUCGGGGCGGCGUCGCAAAGCAACAAGCGCCGCAAGAGGAAUCCUCCUCGCGGGAACAAGAAGGAGCUAGCGGGACUUGUUUUGUGCGGACAGAUCAGCUGGACGGAGAGACGGACUGGAAAUUGAGGGUGGCGGUGGACCUCACUCAGCGCAUGGACGAGGCUGAACUGGUGGCGCUUGGAGAUGCGGCCGUCGUCUAUGCUGGAAGACCGAUCAAGGAUAUACACACGUUCGUGGGGACAUUUACCCUCCUGACUAGCGUCGAGCAGUCCAACAAGAACAGAUCAACUUCGGCCUUGCUCGAGAAUCAUCACCAGCCGGCAGACGACAGACCUGGCCAACCGCAGAUCGCCCCUCUCAAUGCUGAAAAUGUCCUGUGGGCCAAUACGGUACUGGCAGCAGGGACGGCGAUCGGCGUGGUGGCGUACACUGGGCGCGAGACACGCGCGGUGAUGAACACUUCUCAUCCGGGCACUAAAGUAGGAUUGUUGGACCUUGAGAUCAACAGGAUGGCCAAGAUUCUGUGCGGCGUCACUUUUGCGCUGUCCGUCGGGUUGGUAGCGCUCAACGGCUUCAGAGGUCAGUGGUACGUGUACAUUUUCAGGUUCCUGAUCCUCUUUAGCUCCAUUAUCCCCAUCUCUCUACGCGUCAAUCUGGACAUGGGCAAGACGGUGUAUGCGCGGCAGAUUCAAGGCGACGCGCAAAUUCCGCAAACCAUUGUCAGAACCAGCACGUUACCGGAAGAAUUGGGAAGGAUAGAGUAUCUCUUGUCCGACAAGACUGGAACGCUGACGCAAAACGAAAUGGAGCUGAGAAAGUUGCACAUGGGCACGAUGAGUUACGGAUGGGAUAGCAUGGACGAGGUCUCUGGACAGCUUGCGAGCGCAUUGCAAGCUGCGCGCUCGGAGGGUCAAGAAGGAGGUUCUGACGCGCUCGGAGCGCAAGCUGGAGGACCUGGUAGUCCUUCUACUUCCCUCAAGGUCAAUCCCAUGGCUGGAGCUGGCGCCAUCUUGGCGGGAAGAGGAAGAAGAGACAUGUCUUCGCGCGUCAAGGACGUUGUGCUCGCUCUGGCACUGUGCCACAAUGUCACGCCGGUGGUCAACGACGAUGGCACGGUGACGUACCAAGCUUCAAGCCCCGACGAAGUGGCCAUCGUCAAGUGGACCGAGUCGGUCGGCUUGAGUUUGAUAGCUCGAGAUAGACGAAGCAUGAGUCUUCGAGCGGGCGACGUGCUGCUCGCUUUCGACAUACUCGAAGUUUUCCCCUUUACUAGCGAGAGCAAGCGGAUGGGAAUCGUCAUACGAGAUAGGUCGACGGAAGAGCUUACUUUUUACCAAAAGGGCGCGGAUGUCGUCAUGGCUAAGAUUGUGGCGCAAAACGAUUGGCUAGAUGAAGAGUGCGGGAACAUGGCUAGAGAAGGCCUGAGAACUUUGGUCGUUGGAAGAAAGAGAAUGACGGAGCAGCAUUGGAUCGCCUUUGAGCGCGCCUACAAGGAAGCUAGAACGCGUGUGGAUGGUCGAAACGAAGCAAUGGCUGGAGCAGUGUCGGAGUACUUGGAGCGCGACUUGGAAUUGCUCGGUCUGACCGGGGUGGAGGAUAAGCUUCAAGAGGAUGUCAAGCCUACGUUGGAGCUGCUCAGAAAUGCAGGCAUCAAAGUGUGGAUGCUGACGGGCGACAAGAUCGAGACUGCUACGUGCAUCGCCAUCUCCUCCAAGCUGGUAGCUAGAAAUCAGUACGUCCAUCAAGUGGCCAAGUUGAGGACCUCAGAAGCGGCUAGAGACGUGUUCGAUGUGCUAAGGACCAAACCAGAUUGUUGUCUGGUUAUCGAUGGCGAAUCUCUGCAGCACUGCUUGGACAAUCACAGGAUCGAAUUCAUCACGCUAGCGACUCAAUUGAGCGCCGUGGUAGCCUGUCGAUGCUCGCCCACGCAAAAAGCCGACGUAGCUCGACUCAUUCGGGAAUUCACAAAGAGGCGGGUGUGUUGCAUUGGGGAUGGAGGCAACGACGUGUCGAUGAUUCAAGCUGCGGAUGUGGGACUGGGCAUCGUGGGCAAGGAAGGUAGACAGGCUAGUUUGGCGGCAGACUUUAGCAUCCUUCAAUUCAGCUACCUGGCCAAACUGCUCACCUUUCAUGGAAGAAACGCGUAUCAACGUAGUGCCAAGUUGGCACAGGUCGUCAUUCAUCGAGGUCUCGUCAUCUCGGUCGUGCAGGCCGUCUUCAGCUCCAUCUUCUACUUUGCGCCCGUAGCUUUGAUUCAGGGAUGGCUCUUGGUGGGCUACGCGACUCUGUACACCAUGCUGCCCGUCUUUUCCCUAGUCUUGGACAAGGACAUCGAUGAUGAUCUCGCUCUGGCAUAUCCCGAGCUGUACAAAGACCUCACGAAAGGUCGAAGAUUGACGGCAAAGACUUUUGCGUCGUGGCUUCUCAUCUCGGUCUAUCAGGGCGGCGCAAUCAUGCUCCUCUCCUUGCUAUUGUUCGAGAAUGAGUUUUUAAACAUCGUCUCGAUCACCUUUAGCGCUUUGGUCAUCAACGAACUGAUCAUGGUCGCUCUUGAGAUUACCCGAUGGAACGUCUAUAUGCUCGUGGCAGAGCUGCUCAGUCUGACACUGUACUGCAUCAGCAUUGCUUUCCUCCCAGAAUAUUUCGACCUGAGCUUCGUCUUGUCUGCCCCCUUCUUUUGGAAAACGGCAGUCAUCAUAGCCGUCAGCGCCUUGCCAUUGUUCCUCAUCAAGGUGGUCAGGAACCAACUUGCUCCUCCGGCUUACAGCAAGCUCAACAUGACUUAGAGGAGCGCGCACGCCGGCCAAAUCGAUGCGCUUUCUUCAGAUCACUCGCUUGGCACGCUAUUCGCAGCCCUGGUCUAUGAUUCGCGCCGCUGGCUGAUGGUGCUCUUUUACGCCC